AUGAAAAUGUCGGCGGCGGAGAUCCUCAAAGAGGGCGAGCUGGAGAAGAGGAGCGACAGCCUCCUCCAGUUCUGGAAGAGGAAGACGUGCGUCCUGACGGCGGACAGCCUGAACAUCUACCCGGACACACAGAAGCGCAGCAAAGCCAAGGAGCUCAAGCUUCAGUCCAUCAAGAAAGUGGACUGUGUGGAGCGCACGGGCAAAUUCGUCUACUUCACCAUCGUGACCACAGACGACAAAGAAAUCGAUUUCCGGUGCUCUGGAGAGGAGAACUGCUGGAACGCAGUCAUUACCAUGGCGCUGAUCGACUUCCAAAACAGAAAAGCGAUUCAGGACUUUAAAACCCGCCAGGACAAUGAGAGCGCGUCUCCGGGGCAGCAGGAGAGGCGCAUGGCCAGGGCGCCUUAA